AUGGCAGACUCUUGGAACACUGAUACUGGAGAAGCUGUGUAUCGGUCCUGGGAUGCUGUGAAAAACUUGAGAGUAAAAGUGCGUAUAGAGAGGGUGACCUCCACAGCAGUACUCUGCCAGCCCCUUAAGCAGGAAGUUCUGUCCCAGCAAGACAGAGGAUCCAUUGAACUGGAAACCCUCACCUUACAAUGCCAGACAGGUGAUAAUGAGGAGGAGCUGGAGUUGGGCUGGCAGGAGAAACUCUACAGUGAGUAUGAGAUGGAGCUGUUCAAGAACAAGGCAGCAUGUCUGACUCCUCUGGACCGGCAGUACCACAGAGAAGUCAAGGCCCUGAGGCGGGCAAAGGGCCGACAAAAUCACAGGCUCUUCACACACACUGAUCAUGACCGCUACACCAGCUGCCUUCCACUCCACCAGAUGCAGAACUCCAGUGAUAUAUUGACCACAACCAAAUCAGGCCCCACUUCCCUGGCAGAAAGGAUGGCCACAAUAAAACACAGAUGGCAAAACAGACGCACAAAGGACUCUGGUAUCCCCAAGUCAAAAAUCAUCAACUGGGAUCCCUCAGAGGAGUUUUUGAAGAACAGUCAUGUGGUGAGUAAGGCUAUGCAGACCAUGCACAUCAUGGGAGACCUGGGCCCCCCUGGAAGACUGGGUCACAAAGAGAAUGAAUAUUUGCUCUGCACAAUAAAAACAGAUGGCAGUGGAACAGUCGUCAUAAAACCAGACUUCAACAAAGGUAGAGAGCCCUACAGGAUUGUGACAGAGGGGGAAAAGAGAGAAGUUUGGCGACUUACUGUGGAGAAUGUAUCCACAGCAAUGAAACCAGAGGAAAAAGAACGGGAGCAGAACACGUACAAAAAUCUGUAUGUUAGGCACAAGGAUUACCUAAAUAGCCUUGUUGGACAGGACUUUGAAAUGCCUCCUUUAGGUAUUCUGCGUUACUUUAUGAAUGGAGAAAUAGUCUCAGCCCAAGGUUUUGAAUAUGAUAACUUAUACAUCAACUUCUUCAUGGAGUUGCCCAACAAUUGGUCCAGCUUGCCUUCCCAGUCUCUCUCCAGGGUUACCCAGACCUGCCAAACUAAAACACAAGGGAAGGAAAAUUUAGCUUUCUUCAGUCACCCCUUCAGCUUUGAAGCUUUCUACUUGAGUGAAAAAGAGAGUGAAAAAACAGUUCCACAGUUGCCAGUGCUCUACUUUAAGGUCCUUUCUCUGGACUCCUGGACGUGCCAUCGAACUGAAGGCUGUGGUUAUGUUCUAUUUCCUGCCAUCCCUGGUAAUCACAAAGUAACAUGCCAUACAUGGAGACCCCUUCAGACGGGGAAAGUCUCUGCUCUGAGACGAUUCUUUAUUGGAGGUUCUCCAGAGCUUGAAGACCAAAGCUCUGUCCGAAUACCAGGGACUUUCAAGGGAGAAAGGCUGAGUCGCAUUGGCUUUCCCACUGAAACCACAGGAAGUGUCACCUUUAAUCUGAACUGCAUCCAGCAAGCCACGUCAUUUGUUGAUGCAGCCUUGUUGAAGGAGAGUAGGCAGAAAGGUUUUGGCCAGUUGGGAGAAUUUUGUCAGCAAAGAGCUGUCAGCACCAUUCUGGAAGCCUUUCACAGAGCCAGAAGAAAGAUGCAAGCUGCCAGAGAAAGCUUUCACAAAGGGUUAAACAGCACCACUUGCAAGAUAUAA